AUGCUCCAGAGACACCAAUCAGACCAGGGGCCCCAGAAACACCAAUCAGACCAGGCCCCAGAGACACCAAUCAGACCAGCCCCCCAGAAACACCAAUCAAACCAGCCCCCCAGAGACACCAAUCAGACCAAGCCCCAGAGACACCAAUCAAACCAGCCCCCAGAGACACCAAUCAGACCAACCCCCAGAGACACCUAUCAGACCAGCCCCGCAGAGACACCAAUCAAACCACCCCCAGACACACCAAUCAGACCACCUCCCAGAGACACCAAUCAGACCAGCCCCCAGAGACACCAAUCAGACCAGCCCCAGAGAAACCAAUCAGACCAGCCCCCCAGAGACACCAAUCAGACCAGCCCCCAGAGACACCAAUCAGACCACGUCCCUAAAGACACCAAUCAGACCAGGCCCCAGAGACACCAAUCAGACCGGCCCCCAGAUACACCAAUCAGACCAGCCCCCCAGAGACACCAAUCAGACCAGCCCCCAGAUACACCAAUCAGACCAGCCCCCCCAGAGACACCAAUCAGACCAGGGCCUCAGAAACACCAAUCAGAUCAGGGCCCCAGAGACACCAAUCAGACCAGCCCCCCAGAGACACCAAUCAGACCAGCCCCCCAGAGACACCAAUCAGACCAGCCUCCAGAGACACCAAUCAGACCAGGCCCCAGAGACACCAAUCAGACCAGCCCCAGAGACACCAAUCAGACCAGCCCCAGAGACACCAAUCAGACCAGCCCCCAGAGACACCAAUCAGACCCAUGA